CCGAAAUUGGUUGUUGUGACUGGUGAGAGUGUCGUUGUGUACUACAGUACCAUUCUACCCCAAGUCCACAAUACAUCUGCAGUAAAAAACAGGUACUGGGACUGUAAAUCGUAAUGGAUGGUGAGGCUAGGGUUUCUGUUACCGCCGAUAAUGUCAAACCCUCGUACUGGAUUGAUGCGUGCGAGGACUAUCCUUGCGACGAUUUGCUCCACGAAUAUGUCAAUUUUGAAUCCCAUGCCACGGCCACUGUUGGGAAUCCCACUAUUGUCUCCCAAAGCACCAUUCAUGAGUCUAGUGGUCCUGAUCCUUGUUUUUUCGGCGGGAUUGAUCACAUUCUGGAGAAUAUCAAGAAUGGUGCUCAAGUGCCUUCAACCAACUGCAACGUAAAUCAGCGCUCAGCAGUGGAAUUUGACUCUUGUUGUCUAAACGAUCCCAACAAUUUCAGUCACAAAGAUGGUAGUUCUGCACACCUACACACCACUACUAACAUGGAGCUGAGUGGAAGUGGUUUUGGGAAGAUUCGGUCUGUAUAUAAAGUGAAUGAAUACUCGCAAGAGCACAUCAAUCAAUUUGAUGACAAAGGUAGAUAUGGCAAAAGGGGGCGUCUCAGUGAAAACAUGAAAGAGAGAAGAAACCCUGAAAGACCUCUAGGUAGGAAGAGACGUCGCCAGUCUAGUGAUGUUAGUAGGCGGCCUGACAAGGAUGAUAUUAAAGGAAGAGAACGGCAAGGGUGUUUCAGGAGGCAGAGAGAUUGGAAUGAUGGAAGAGGCUAUUGGGAGAGGGACAAAGAGAGGAAUGAAACGGUUUUCCGAACAGGUUCCUGGGAAGCUGACCAGAACAGAGGGAAAGUCGUCCUCUACUCUGGCAAACAUGUUGAAAGGAAUGGAGGAGGAUUGGAGAUGAAACUUGAGAAACCUAAGGAACACCAAUGCCCUGAACAGCAGGCUCGUAAAUACCAAUUGGAUGUUCUUGAACAGGCAAAACAGAGAAACACUAUUGCUUUUCUCGAAACAGGGGCUGGGAAAACACUCAUUGCAAUCCUUCUUAUAAGAAGCAUUUACUCUGAUUUGCAAAAACAAAAUAAAAAGAUGCUGUCUGUUUUUUUGGUUCCUAAGGUUCCACUGGUUUACCAGCAAGCAGAAGUCAUUCGUGAAAGAACUGGCUAUCAAGUAGGGCAUUACUGUGGUGAAAUGGGACAAGAUUUCUGGGAUGCUCGGCGGUGGCAGCAUGAGUUUGAGUCCAAACAGGUGUUAGUAAUGACAGCUCAAAUUUUGCUGAACAUCUUGAGGCAUAGUAUAAUAAAAAUGGAAUCUAUUAAUCUCCUUUGUUCUGGAUGAAUGUCAUCAUGCUGUGAAGAAGCACCCCAUACUCUUUAGUAAUGUCCGAAUUCUAUCACACUACUCCAAAGGAAAAAAGGCCCUCAGUUUUUGGGAUGACUGCUUCUCCUGUUAACCUAAAAGGUGUUUCCAGCCAAGUGGACUGUGCAGUUAAGAUUCGUAACCUGGAGAUUAAACUGGACUCUGUUGUUUCCACUGUAAAUGACCGCAAGGAGCUGGAGAAGCAUGUGCCAAUGCCAUCUGAAACCGUAGUAGAGUAUGAUAAAGCUGCUACUUUAUGGUCUCUUCAUGAUCAAAUUAAACAAAUGGAAGUGGUAGUUGAAGCAACAGCCCAUUCAAGUUCAAGAAAAAGUAAAUGGCAAUUUAUGGGUGCUCGAGAUGCUGGAGUUAAGGAAGAGUCGCGUCUAGUUUAUGGUGUGUCUGAAAGAACUGAAAGUGAUGGUGCUGCUAAUUUAAUUCAAAAGUUAAGGGCUAUAAACUAUGCACUUGGUGAACUAGGACAAUGGUGUGCUUUUAAGGUUGCCCACUCGUUCCUAACAGCUUUACAAAGUGAUGAGAGGCCAAGCUUCCAACCUGAUGUUAAGUUUCAAGAAUCUCAUCUCAGUAAAGUUGUCGAUCUGUUGCAAUGUAAGCUGAGUGAGGGGGCAGUUGCAGAAAGUAAUUUUCAAGUUAUGGAUGCAGAUCAUUGUAAGACUCCAGAAAGUAACAUGACUGAUGAGAUAGAGGAGGGAGAGCUUCUGGACAGUUAUGUUAUGUCUGGUGGAGAGCAUGUCGAUGUGAUAAUUGGAGCUGCUGUUGCUGAUGGAAAAGUGACACCAAAGGUUCAGUCCUUAAUCAAGGUUCUUCUCAACUAUCAACACACAGAGGAUUUUCGUGCAAUUAUAUUUGUUGAACGUGUUGUUGCUGCUUUGGUUCUUCCAAAGGUAUUUGCAGAGCUACCCUCACUAAGUUUCGUCAAGUCAGCAAGCUUGAUUGGGCACAACAAUAGCCAAGAUAUGCGGACUAGUCAAAUGCAGGAUACAAUUGCCAAAUUCCGUGAUGGGCGGGUUAAUUUGCUAGUUGCCACUAGUGUUGCUGAGGAAGGUCUCGAUAUACCGCAAUGUAAUGUUGUCAUCCGCUUUGAUCUUGCAAAAACUGUUUUGGCUUAUAUUCAAUCCAGGGGCCGUGCUCGAAAGAAAUGUUCCGAUUAUAUUUUGAUGGUUGAAAGAGGAAAUUUGUCACAUGAAGCAUUUCUAAGGAAUUCUAGAAACAGUGAAGAGACAGUGCGGAAGGAAGCCAUUGAGAGGACUGACAUUAGCCAUCUCAACGGAGCCUCCAAUUUAGUCUCCACAAGGGCAUUGCCCGAUACAUUUUACCAGGUGGUUUCCACCGGUGCUGUUGUGAGUUUAAACUCUGCUGUUGGACUCAUCCACUUUUACUGCUCCCAGUUGCCAACUGACAGGUAUUCCAUUCUUCGUCCUGAGUUUAUAAUGGAGCGUCUUGAGAAGCCAGGAGCACCAAUGGAGUACUCAUGCAGGCUUCAGCUCCCCUGCAGUGCACCAUUUGAUAGACUUGAUGGUCCUAUAUGUAGUUCCACUCAUCUUGCACAACAGGCAGUUUGUUUGGCUGCGUGCAAAAAGCUCCAUGAGAUGGGAGCCUUGACUGACAUGCUCUUGCCAGACAAGGGAAGUAGAACAGAAUCUGAAAAGGUUGAGGAAAGUGAUGAAGGUGAUCCCCUUACAGGAUUGGCUAAACACAGGGAAUUUUAUCCAGAAGGUGUUGCUGAGAUUCUGCAGGGAGAGUGGAUUUUAUUAGGGAAGGAACAUUCUAGCAGCUCGAAAUUCUUCCAUCUGUACAUGUAUGCUGUAAAAUGUGUAAAUGUUGGUUCCUCAAAAGAUCCAUUCUUAACUCAGGUGUCAGAGUUUGCUGUGCUCUUUGGCAAUCAAUUGGAUGCAGAGGUAUUAUCAAUGUCUAUAGAUUUGUUUAUUGCUCGCACUGUGAUAACAAAAGCUUCUCUUCUCUUCCUGGGAUCAAUAGAAGUUACAGAGGCUCAGUUGGCAUCACUGAAGAGCUUUCAUGUGAGACUAAUGAGCAUUGUAUUGGAUGUUGAUGUUGAGCCAUCCACCACACCAUGGGAUGCUGCGAAGGCAUAUUUAUUUGUUCCUGUUUCUGGUGGCGAAUCUGGGAAAGAUAUUGAUUGGCAACUUGUUGAAAGUAUAAGUAAAACAGAUGCAUGGAGAAAUCCCCUGCAAAGAGCUCGUCCUGAUGUUUACCUUGGCACCAAUGAGAGAGCGCUUGGUGGGGAUAGAAGAGAAUAUGGUUUCGGUAAGUUGAGGCAUGGCUUUGCUUUUGCGGUGAAGUCCCAUCCUACGUAUGGCAUUAGAGGUGCUGUGGCACGAUUUGAUGUGGUGAAGGCAUCUGGUUUGGCUCCUAACGCUCUAACCGUUAAAAUGCCUGAUGAUGUGAAAUUGAGAGAUAACUUGCUAGUGACGGUUGACUGUUAUUCAAGGCCAGAAGACCUGAUUGGGAGGAUCGUCACUGCAGCACACUCGGGAAAAAGAUUUUAUGUUGAUUCCGUUCGGGAUGAGAUGACAGCUGACAGUUUAUUUCCAAGGAAAGAAGGAUAUCUGGGUCCCAUGGAGUACAGAACUUAUGCUGAUUACUAUAAGCUGAAAUAUGGAGUUGAUUUGUUAUAUCGGCAACAGCCUCUACUGAGAUGUCGUGGUGUUUCAUAUUGCAAGAACCUUCUUUCCCCUCGCUUCGAACACUCCGAAGUUCAAGAUAGUGAGUAUGACGAGACUAAUGAGAAAACAUAUUAUGUUUUCUUACCCCCCGAGCUCUGUUUGUUGCAUCCACUUCCUGGUCCACUGGUUCGUGGGGCCCAAAGAUUACCGUCUGUGAUGAGGAGAGUUGAAAGCAUGCUGCUUGCCGUGCAGCUUAAAGAUAACAUAAGCAACUGUGUCCCUGCUUCAAAGAUCCUGGAAGCACUGACAGCUGCUUCUUGCCAAGAGACAUUCUGUUAUGAAAGAGCAGAGCUUCUUGGGGAUGCUUAUUUGAAAUGGGUUGUUAGUCAGUUUCUUUUCCUCGAGUUUCCCCAAAAACACGAAGGCCAACUAACAAGAUUGAGGCAGCAAAUGGUGAGUAACAUGAUGCUGUAUCAAUAUGCAUUGGCCAAGGAACUGCAGUCAUAUAUUCAAGCAGACCGGUUCUCUCCGUCAAGGUGGACUGCUCCUGGUGUUCCACCUGUGUUUGAUGAGGACACAUGUGAAGGGGAAUCAACGCUGUUCGAUGAUGAAAGUGGAGAAGGAAUAUCUCAUAAUACUGAUGAAUAUGGUGGAAAUGAGAUGGAAGAUGGUGAGCUUGAGAAUGAUUCAAGUUCAUAUCGUGUUCUCUCUAGCAAGACUCUAGCUGAUGUCGUGGAAGCACUUAUUGGCGUGUAUUAUGUUGAAGGUGGAAAGCAUGCAGCGAACCACUUCAUGAAAUGGAUUGGAUUUAAGAUCGAUUUUUAUUCCAGUGACUUUAAGAGAAGAGAGAUUGUGCCCAGUAACGUUCCUGAGAACAUACUGAGGAGCAUUGACUUUGAAGCACUUGAAGGUGCUUUGAACACGAGGUUCAAUGAGAAAGGUUUACUGGUGGAAGCAAUUACACAUGCCUCACGUCCAUCUACUGGAGUCUCUUGCUACCAACGACUGGAGUUUGUUGGUGAUGCAGUACUGGACCAUCUUAUCACUAAGUACUUGUUCUUCACCUACACAGAUCUGCCCCCCGGACGCUUGACUGACCUGCGAGCUGCAGCUGUUAACAAUGAAAACUUUGCACGUGUUGCUGUUACACAUAACCUUCACAUACACCUCCGUCAUGGAUCUAGUGCUCUUGAAAAGCAGAUUCGAGACUUUGUUUUCGAAGUGCAAAAUGAACUGUCAAAAACAGAGAUCAAUUCUUUUGGUUUAGGGGAUUGCAAAGCUCCCAAGGUUCUUGGUGACAUUGUUGAAUCAAUUGCAGGGGCUAUUUAUCUUGAUAGUGGCUGUAACACAGCAGCCGUGUGGAGGGUAUUUCAGCCAUUGUUGCAUCCAAUGGUUACUCCAAGUACACUUCCAAUGCAUCCAGUUCGUGAACUGCAAGAACGGUGUCAACAUCAAGCAGCAGGCCUGGAGUAUAAAGCGUAUCGAAAUGGAAAUAUAGCAACUGUUGAGGUAUAUGUUGAUGGUGUCCAGGUUGGAAUAGCUCAAAAUCCUCAAAAAAAAAUGGCUCAAAAACUGGCUGCAAGGAAUGCCCUUGUUGCAUUGAAGGAGGAGGCUGUUGCUGCUCAAGCUAACAAGGGUCAAGAUGAUGAGAAUAAGAACAUUUGCAGCCACACAUUUACGAGACAGACCUUGAAUGAUAUUUGUUUACGUAGAAAUUGGCCAUUGCCAUUGUAUAGGUGUGUCCAUCAGGGUGGUCCUGCACACGCAAAGAGAUUUACCUUUGCAGUACGUGUAAAUACGUCUGAUAGAGGAUGGGUAGAUGAAUGCAUUGGAGAGUCUAUGCCGAGUGUGAAGAAAGCUAAGGAUUCUGCUGCUGCCGUUCUCUUAGAACUCUUUAGUAAAUGGUAUACAUGAUGAUACUCAGUGGGGAUUACUUUGCCAAAUGAGUGCCAAGGAUGACAAGAUAUUAUUGUUAUUAUUUUGUUGGUAUUGACAUUGGUAUUGGUGGUAAAAGAUGCAAUAGAUUUCAGAUGGCCUCUGGAACAGGCAGUACAAUUUCUUGUUGUUAUUAUUAUUAUUAUUAUUAUUAUUAUUAUUAUUAUUAUUAUUAUUAUUAUUAUUAUUAUUAUUAUUAUUAUUA